CAAAACAAUCUGAUCUAAAAUGAAGCAGCCAUCCCAGAGAGAGAGAGAGAACAUUCUCCCAUUUGUGCUGGAGGAAAUGAUUCAGUGGCAAUUUAUGCCAAGUCUGAGGCACGUUCCUAUAUAAGGACUCUAGGGUGCAAAGUAGGGGGGGGUAGAGGACCUGACAGGCUCCUCCUGUAAAGAUCAGAGGUUUCUGCUUCUUUGGGAAGCUCUGUACCAUCUGCACAGCUGCGGGCAGGGGGUCUCACUCCCCCCCCCAGGGAGUUUCCAUUCUGCAGACGGAAGCUGAGGGAUCCUUUAUCCAUCAAGGAGAAAAGGAUAGUGUAACAGGUGACACCUCAACCACACUAUACAUCCUAGAAGAAUACCUUUCUUUUCAGGAAUCUUUCUCUGCAUUCUAAGACCUAAAUAUGUCCAAGGAUGGAAAGUACAGCAGCUCAGAACAGGCGCCUUUCAUGGAAGAGUGGAAAGCCCGGAGGGAAAGAAUGAGGCUUCGUUCAUCUUCCUCCAGCCUUGUGAGCAGUGUGUCCAUAGAUGCCAGUUAUUCCCAUCAGGCCAGGGAGCAACAGGCAGAACCUCAGAACUUGCAUGUUACCAAAGAGAAGACCACGGAAACAGAAGGAAGAAGACCUGCAGAAAACACAACUCAAAUGUGUGUGACUGUAGACAAUUCCAUUCAUGAUUCCACUGCUUCAAAAGAGAAAGAGAAGAAAGGAAGUGGACAAAAGAAACACCGUACCCAAAUUGAGAAAAGGAAAUUGAGGGAGAAGCGGAGACCUACAGGGGUGGCCUAUAUAACUCAAAUAGAAGACACUGAUGAGAGUCAGGAUCAUGUGGAUGGCCAGGAUGGACAGAGAAGUCGAAACACAGAAGUCCCUAAUCAGGAACUGAGGAAGUCCGAAGGAGUAAGCCAAAACAGUUUCAGGGCAAAUACAUGUACGGAUUCUCCUUAUCAAGAUGUCAGACAGAAGAUGGGACAGGUCUUGGCAGAGGAACUCCAGAAGGAAGUGACAGGCAAGCGGCAGGACAAUCACAACCUGACUGUGCAACUAAAAGACAAAGAGGCAACGCUGACCCUUCUACAGAUGGAGGUGAAGACCCUGACUCGAAAAAUGCAGAAAGCUGAGGAUGAGAAUAAGAGGUUAAAAGAUGAAAACCAAAUGCUGCUGAAAGUGAUGACCAAGCUGAGCUAAAGACAACUGCACAUUUCCAUGUCAGGAGCACUUAUGUCUCUGUCCAUCACCACAAAGCACCAAGACGCACAAUCGAACGCAAUCGCACAAUAAUGAAAUCAAAGGUUCUUGAUGUGAGGGAUUCGGGACUUUUUUUUUUAUUUGCUCUGUAACAUCAGGAAGAGCAAUACUGUUGCAUAGGCUUCCAUUGUCACAGUCACAAGAAUAAAAGAGAGAAAUUGA